GCUUUUUCAUGACCGCCGGCCGCUGCUGAAGCCCGACAGCCCAGCAUGGCAGGAAGCGAUACUGGAAUGGGCCAAGGAUGCAGGCCCUGGAACGACGUUAUUGGGAACCGGUCGCAUGUGUACCGGGGCACUCGGACGUCGAGGCUGGGUGCAGCGCAAGCUGCUCCUUGAUGCUGCUCGAGCAGCUGGAUCUUUGCGCCUGGCAGGGCAGCUGGGAGAGAGCUUCGCGUACUAUACGGGGACGCCUUUGAAGCAAUCUCCGCCACGAUGCUUCGCCGGCACUUCUCGCCUGGCUCUUGAGGCGGAACUCGCCGCUGCAUCGCCGCUGCAUCUGGAAGGCUACGAGUGGCUCAACGCAUACGAGUUCGGUGCCUUCCAGAUGGCGCAAGACAGACCGACAGGCAGUUCGCGAGCAACGAGCAGUGACGAGGUGGAGUGGCUCAUGGCACCUUGGUCCGGUGAGCAGACUUACUUUGACAACCAUACCGCGAAGUUGCUAGCGUUCGGAGGCAGCGCUGA